CCAAAUAUUAACGUCUGUAAAUGUUUUAAAUCAUUAAUGACUAGAUUACUGAUUGUCAACAAAUUACUGAGCGACGACUUUAAUAAAAAUAUUUAGAAAGUUUUCAAAAUUCAAUAGAAUUUAAAAAAUAAAAAAAUGCAUCACUCGGUCAGAACACAAGGCGAUGGAACAGAAUAUCCAGAAGUUGUGGCUGAAUCAAGUAGGAAGGUAUCACGCUCAUCUGUUGACAGUCAAGUCGAUAAAUUAGGACGAAAAUAUUUGUCUAAAAAGAUCCAAUCAUCAUCGUCAUUACUUUAUAAUUCGUCUGAUAAUCAGGAAGCAGUGUUUAAUUUUCCACGCGAAGUUAAGGCUAAUGGAAAGAAGUUUUAUCUAAUUCCUAGAUUGAUACCUAAAUCGUCAGAAAUCCAUCUGAAAAAUAAAAGUCCAAGAUUAAUACUGAUGGAACCAUAUAAGGCUUGUGUGUCACCAAUUAUACCAUUCAAGGAAGGCAAUAAUAAAAUUAGAAAAUCGAAAAUAAUUGAUAAGAAUAAUUUGGAUCUGAAUGAAUUAGUGCGUCACAUGAACAUAACAAAAACAUCAUUAACAUUGAACGACAGCGAUAAUUUUAGCAUUAAAUCGGGAAGUGUUAUUGGCGAUGAAUAUGGACAGUUGAAGAAGGAACGAGAUCUAUUUGAGACACAAUUAAAGUUCCAGAUGCAAGUUAAUAGUGAAUUGAAAGGAUUAUUAGUCCACUGUCUUGGCGAGGAUAUACAAUCCAAAGUCAGCAAUUUAACAGAAGAUAAAAUGAAGAUUGCUGAGCAUUUAAGUUCAAAUACAGAGAAAAUUGAGUUUCUAGCUGGACAGGUUGAAGUAUGGCGUAGUAAAUUUCUGGCAUCUAGUCUUAUGGUUGAGGAACUUGCAAAAUGGAAAGCCGUUUUAACAGAAAAGAAUCAGCAUUUAAGUUCAUCAAAUAAAAAGCUCCUCGAAACUUUUGCAAUGCUUCGUGAUAUGGAAAUUGAGCUUUAUCAGAAUUUGAAAUUUAUUGCUGGAUAUCAUGAGACUAAUUUACAGACUUCAAAUGUGAUUGACCUUACUGCCGAAUGCUUAAAUCUUAGUCAGCAAUUAGUAUUAAAUUCAGGUAAAAUUGGAAUGCCUGAACAGCUAAUUCCACAUCUCGAUCCACUAACCGACGCACAAAAACAAGCCAUACAGAUCCAAGACACCAGUAGUUUCCUUACAUCGACUGAUGAAGCUUUUAAAGCAAUAUGUAAUCAAGCUAAUCAAGAAUAUAAGCGAGUCAGAACUCACUCGGAUAAUACUUUCGAGAUUGUUGAUCCAAAUGAUGCAAAAUGAACUUGACUGAGCAUCUUUGACCUUGUGUUACGCGUGCUUACCCUUAAUUAUUAAUGAUAUUUAACUAUUUUUAAUCCCGUUUGAUAAAAUAAAGUGAAAUUGAUAUAG